AUGAAUUUCUCUUUGUCAGACCAAGAAGUAUACUGCUUUAUUGGUAUCCUUAUUUUGUCUGGUUAUGCUCCGUUGCCACGACGCCGCAUGUACUGGGAGAGCAAUGAAGAUACCCACAACAUUCUUGUCGUAAAAAGUAUGCGUCGCAAUCGAUUUGAAGAGAUAUCGCGUUAUUUUCAUGUGGCCGAUAAUACUGCACUGCCUGAAAAUGAUAAGAUGGCAAAAGUACGCCCGCUGAUUGAUAUGCUAAAUGCUAAAUUUCUACAGUAUGCUCCUAUCGAAAAGCAAAUAAGUAUCGAUGAAUCCAUGGUUCCGUAUUACGGCAGGCAUGGUUGCAAACAGCACAUCAAAGGGAAGCCAAUAAGGUUUGGGUUCAAAAUGUGGAUUGCUGCCACGAGAUUGGGCUACUGCCUGUAUGCCGAUCCCUAUCAAGGGCGGUCCGAACGUACAGAAACAGGAUUAGGACGUCAUGUUAUCAAUAAACUGAUAACUAAAGUACAGGAGGAAUUUCCUAAUACAGAUUUCUCUGUGUAUUGCGACAAUUCUUUUACUGGUCUGCCAUUGGCCAGUGAUCUCAAAGAGAAACAUGUGUUUUUGACGGGUACAGUGCGUAGUAACCGUAUUGAAAACUGCCCACUGAAAGACGCAAAAGAAUGCCAAAAAGAAAAAAGAGGGUACUAUGACUAUCAAUUGGACGAAACAAACGGCGUAUGUGUUGUUAGAUGGCACGAUAAUAGCGUUGUGACUCUCUUAUCGACUGAACACGGAGUACAACCCAUCCAAACGGCAAGAAGAUAUUCAGCUGCGCUAAAAUCAAGGAUAGAUGUACCACAACCUCAUCUUAUUUCAGAAUAUAAUCGAUACAUGGGGGGUGUGGACCGAUUGGAUGCCAACGUGGGCGUGUAUACAAUCGCCAUGAGAGGCAAGAAAUGGUUUACGCCUAUUCUUUUUUGGCUCAUUGACGUUGCGGUGAAUAAUGCUACACUUCUAGCUCGCCAAUACCGAGGCGACAUCGACACAUUGGAGUUUCGACGGAGCAUUGCCCGCACUUUAUUGCAGAAUCACGGCACCGAAAAGGUUCAUCCUGGACUCAUUAGAAAGUUUCAUUCUUAA